AUGGGUACGGAUACCUCCUCCUUGUACGGCACCGCUAGGGACGCUCUCCUCCGCGAGCUUAGGAUAUGCAAGAGCCUCGAUCACCUCCGCGAGCUCCACUCGCGCAGCAAACUCCUCGAUUCCGACGUCUAUGCCUCCAAUCUCUUGCUCCAAAUCUAUGGCAAUUGGGGCGCUGUGACGGACGCGCGCCGCCUCUUCGAUCGCAUCCAGCCCAAGAACGCAUUCACCUGGGCGGCAAUGCUUGCGACUUACGCCCGCAAUGGGCACCUCGCCCAGGCAAGAUCUAUGUACGAGGCGAUGCCCAAUUGGAGCCUUGUGAUCUGGAAUGUGAUGCUCGCAGCGUUUGCCAGGAACAAGGAUCUCGAUGGCGCCAGACAGAUUUUCAGUUCGAUGCGUGAGAAGGAUGUUGUGUCUUGGACCACCAUGCUAUCAGCAUUUGCCGUCAAUGGGUAUUUGCUAGAAGCCCAAACCGUGUUUGAGGCUAUGCCCGAGAGGAACUUGGUGACGUGGAACUCCAUGCUGGCGGCGUACGUGCGAGGCAGCCGUACGGACGAGGCCGGUUCAUUGUUCGAUUCUAUGCCCGAGCGGGAUAUCGUGUCGUGGACGACUAUGCUAAUGGCAUAUGCCCAAGCCGGGUAUCUGUUAAAGUCCGAGCAUCUCUUCAAAAAGAUUCCGGAAUAUGACCUAGUAUCGUCCAAUGCCAUGCUCUCGUGCUACUGCCAAAUCGGAGAGAUAGAUUUAGCCGAACGAGUUUUUGAUGGAAUGAAAGAGAAGAAUAUCUUCUCUUGGAACACAAUUCUAGCGGGAUAUGCCCACUGUGGGCAUAAUGCUAUGAUAGCAAAGGUUCUAGAGAAUAUGCCCGAGCUAGACACGCUCUUUGAUUCGAUGGAGGAAUGGGACGUUGUGGCCUGCAAUGCGAUGCUCACGGCAUAUGCCCAAAGCGGGAGCACCCACGAAUCUUUGCUCUUUUACGUCCGCAUGCCAUUCAGGAACACAGCCUCGUACAAUGCGUUGAUGGUUCUGUACGCUCGAGCUUGUGAUCUUCACGGAGCAAAGAGAGUUUUCGAUCGGAUCGAGCCAGAUCCUGACAUGCUCUCAUGGAAUUCCCUGCUCUCGAUCAAUGUUCGCAGCGGAAACCACGAGAUUUUCAGCUCCUUGAACAUCAGUGGCCGGAAUCCGGACGAUGUUUCCUGCAUUUGUAUCCUUAUGACUUGCAGCCAUGCCGGAGACCUGAAAGCUGGGAUUUCGUGCUUUUGUUCCAUCCAUUGGGACUAUGAACUGGAGGCAAGCAAGCAACACUUUAGCGGUAUGAUCGAUCUCCUCGCACGAAGUGGCUACAUUGAAGAGGCAAGAGAUUUGAUCGCCACCAUGCCUUUUGUUCCCGAUUCCUUGGACUGGACGUGUUUGCUCGCCGCUUGUAAGAGCCACAAGCAAAGAGAGAUCCGGGCUGGGGUGGCGAAAGAGCUCCUCGAGCUCAAAUCCGACCACACUGCGGCUUAUCUCUUGCUAGCCAAUGCGUUCUCGAACGAGUUUCAUAGCCAUGGGCCUGUGAACGCGGAAGAGAAAAAGGUGGUGGCUGGCAGAUCGAUCAUAUUGAGGCAUGCAGGCGAGGAAUGA